UUUAAUCUGUGGUCUACUCUAUAUAUUUUUUUACAAAAGGUCAAAAAAAUAUUGCCUUAUUAAUUUUAUCCUACAGAGAAAUUUAAAUAUUUAUAAAUAAUGACAAAUAAAUAAACGUUAAGUAACAUGCAGUAAUUCGACUAUGUCAGGCGAAUUUCAGUGCCAGAAUUUAACGUGCCGGCGACUCGAUGUGGCUCAAAAACUUUUUCAGAUCUGUUCUGUUUGGAUUGCCGAUUGGUGUUACAGUUCUUGACACCGUUGGAUAUGUGGCUAGAGUCGAAGGCAUUUCAAUGCAGCCAGCUCUAAAUCCACAGUCUACAAACACAGACUACGUAUUUCUAUCAAGAUGGGCAGUAAGAGAUUACGAAAUAAAGAGAGGUGACAUAAUAUCCUUAAUAUCACCUAAAGAUCCAAAUCAGAAGAUAAUUAAACGUGUUGUGGCACUGCAGGGUGAUGUUGUUAGCACCCUAGGGUACCAGAACCAGUAUGUGAAAAUUCCAGAAGGCCACUGCUGGGUUGAGGGCGACCACACUGGCCACACACUCGAUAGCAAUACAUUUGGGCCCGUGUCAUUAGGUUUAAUUAACGCAAAAGCUGUUUGCAUUGUGUGGCCACCAGAGAGAUGGCAGAAUCUUGAAACAAAGAUUCCAAACAGUAGAAAACCUAUUAGCAGUGCUGUUCAGUACUAAUUGAUGUCUAAAUGGAAAAUGUGUAUUAGUAGUAGGAGUUUCAAGUGCUAUUUUCGAAUAAAAUUCAUUACAAGGUGACAUUCAUGGCGCUACAAGCCUAGUGAUAUUAUUUCUUGCAUAAAAUUAUUCUAUAAAUACAUUUUGAAUUGUAAAUACUAUCUAUAAACAAUUCUAACUUGUAAUUUCUGUUAUUCUGUAAGAAUUCUUUCUAGUCUUGUUUUUUUUUAAUACAAGAGUUCCUUAUAAUCCUUGACAAUUAUAUUCUUUGCAAAAAUGUACUUAACAUACUGAGCAGCUAUCUAUUGAUAAUCUAUUUUCUUUUUCAAAUACUUCUAUUUGAUUAUUAAUAUAAUAAAAUGUAAAUUGUAACAUUUGAAUUAUAAUUAUAUUAUGAUAUUAGGUAUGAAUAAAGAAUUAUUAAAACAAAAAA